AACAAAAAACAUGGACGAUGGGUUGACAAAUAACAUGGGGCUAUUGUCGAUCUGAUCGCUUCCACAGUCAUGAUAGAGUCUGCAGGAUAAAACCGAGAGUUGCAGAAAUGGCUAUUAACCAUGCUGCAUUUAUUCUUGUGUUCAUGUGUUUACCCCGUGCUGCAGAAACAGCCUCCUUCUAUGGGGACAGCCAUGUGAGCCUACCGUUCUCUGAUGCCUCCUCAUCGACGGCUAUACAGCUGCGUUUCAAGACUCGACGGCAAGAUGGCCUCCUCCUGCUGGCAGCAGGGGCCAUUGACUACUUCUCUGUCUCUCUCAAUGGCGGGGUGGUGCAGCUGCGAGCAGAUUUUGGCUCAGGAGAGGUUGUCCUCAACUCUAGUCCUGAUGUACGGUUGAGUGAUGGGAGGUGGCACCAAGUCAGCAUUACCAGGAACAAUGCUGUCAACACACUACAAGUGGACACUGGCAACAAACUGAGUGCUGUCAGUCCCGGGCAGUUAUUUGAACUGAAUAUACAAAAUGCAAUAUAUUUAGGGGGAACUGGUAGUUUUCAAGCUCCAUCCGGCAUUGAGUAUAAAUAUUUCCGUGGGUGUAUGAGCAAUGUUGUGUUCAAUCGUUACAACAUCAUCAGUGCGGCACAAAUGUUACAGGGUAUGGAGAAGACAUUCAAGGUGUCGUGGGAUUGUGAUGAGGAAUUUGAUGCCACCAUCACCGACCCCAUUAGCUUUACAACAAACACCUCAUUUGUUGCAUUUCCACAUCUACAUGUGAGCAGUCAAGGUUUUCUGUCUCUGGAAUUAAAGACUAAGUCCCACACAUCACUGCUGGUGUUUAACAGUGGUCAUGGAUCCACUAGAGCUGGCCUUGUGGCAGUGGAGCUGGUGGAGAAACGCAUUCAGUUAGUAGUGGACCGUGGGGAAGGGGAGAUAACUGUGAAGAGUGAUACACUUGUAAGUGAUGGCAGGUGGCAUCAGGUCCAGGUACGAUUGUAUGCUGAUCAUGUUAUGCUUGAGGUAGAUGGUGGAGAGGAAAGGGGCAACUUCCAGCCUGGCAGUAAAAACUAUUUCUCGCUAAGAGGCCAUCUAUUUAUAGGAGGAGUGGGCUUACAUGGAACAGAAAAGGCCAUCAGAAAGAAUCUCAAGUCUAUUCAGGGAACCAAAGUCAGCUCUACACUAGGUUGUGUGAGAAACAUUCAUAUUAACUCACGUCCACUUGGCUUCCCACACAUCCAGAUAAGUGAGAGUGUGUCCAGCACAUGUGAGUGGAUGUUUCCUUGUUCUGCUGACCCCUGCUCUCCCGAGGAGAUCUGCGUGGAAGAGGGAAACACAUUCAGAUGUUCUUGUGAUGUUGACAGUUGUCAGGGAGUAAGAAAGGUCCCCUCACAGCAGGAUGCUGCAGCUGACCAGGGGCGGGGUUCGACCGAGGAGGUCAAGAUCAUAGCUGUCCAUGCUCUGGAGGUCAAGGAGGGGUCACAACAGGUGAUCACUACGGACAAUAUCAAAGUGGUGUUUGAUCACCAAUCUUAUGGUAUCCGUGAAUCUGCCAUUCAGUUUCAUAUUGUCACUCAGCCUAGUAACGGCAGAAUAGAAAACACCCUCGGGCGACGACGAAACAGCAAUGUGUUUACCCUGCUGGACCUUCAAGGGAAUAAGAUUUAUUAUCAACACGAAGGAUCUGAGUCACCAGCUGAUGAAGUAACUUUAGAGAUGGAUGUUAUAUCUGACAAUGAAAACAUUCCAGAAGAACUUAUAAGAAGAUAUGCUUUUGUUCUACCCAUCAUAAUUAUACCUGUUCCAGAUCCACCAGUUCUAACAAUUCUGAAUAAUGGCCUUAUCAAACUUGUUAAAACUACCAAGAUUCCUGUAUCCGAGACCAUGUUGAUGGUGGAUGAUCCAGACACGGAGCCCGAUAACCUUGUUUACACUGUGAUGUGCACUACAAAUUCACAGGGAUUCUUUGAGAGAUACAGUGAUCCUGAUCAGCCAAUCAGUACAUUUACACAACAGGAGGUAACGGAGAAUAUGAUCUGGUUCGCCAACAAAGGGGAGUCUCUCACUUCUUGUCAGAUGAGUUUGACAGAUGGUUCCAACUUUCUUAAUGACAUUGCUUUAGAGAUGGAAGGGGUCAUUCUUUCAAUACAACGGACGGUCAAUGAGGGAGCCAGGCUGGUCCAUGGCAGUUUUGUUGUGUUCAGCCAGGAAAACAUGCUUGUGGAGACUAACGUUCCAACUCAGGAUCUAGAAAUACAAUAUGAAAUUACUCAACAUCCAUCCUACGGUCAGAUACAACGACUACAUUUAGCCGAGGAGCGUUGGAUCCCCGUCAGUACCUUUGCCCAACGCCAUAUCAAUAAGGGCCAGGUGAGGUACAUACACACAGACCUGACGAAUCUGAGGGGGUCAGAUCAGUUUGCCUUUAUCGUGUCCUGUAUGGAUCAACAAAUGAGACGGCAGGUAUUCACCAUCGAACUGGAAUCGGUCAGCAUCGAUGUGGUUACUUCAGAUACCAUCAGAAUUGUGAAGGGUAACUACAAAAAGAUAACAUCUAAUGAACUGUGGGUUUUAACUAACAAUGAGAAUGUGGCUCAGAAUGAGAUCAGUUUUACACUACUUCGUGCUCCAAUCCAUGGCAAGUUGUACAAGGCUCCUAACAAUAUGCCAUUGUCAAAGGUCUUCUCCAGCACAGAGCCACUACAUAAGAGCAGUGUGUUCACACUUCAGGAUAUAGAGAAAGGUGGUCUGGUCUACCAGCUGUCCCGCAACUAUUAUAGUAGCAGACACGAUUUUAUGGACCUUAAGAUAUCUGCCCCAGGUGCAAGGCCAAAAAUAAAGCGCUUUCAUAUGGAAUUUGUGCCUGAGGAACAGGAUGUUCGAUUCGUCAUCAAUCGCCUGGAGGAUGUGAUAGAGGGCGGACAGCGGGCAAUAGAACGUAGCCAUCUGUACCUGGAAACCAUGGACUAUAGGGAGUUUGAGUAUACGCUUGUCAGGUUCCCCAAACAUGGUGUCCUGCAGAUUGUUGACCCUCAUUCAACGGCAGUCAUGAAGUCUAACAUAUCAAGGUUCACAAACGAAGAUGUCAGAAAUCUAAAAUUAGUUUACAAACAUGAUGACUCUGAAACAGAUACAGACUCUUUUACAUUUACUGCCUUACCAAUAAUAAAAAAUCUAAACCAGCUACCAACACAAGUCAAUGAGAUAUCAGAUACUCUAGAAAUCAACAUCAUGAUGAGGAAUGACAACCCUCCUGUCCGAUUGGUGGAUAAGGUGCUCGGAGUGGUGACUGACCAGGAGAAGGUCAUAACCUUGGACGACCUUGCAUUUACUGACCCAGACAUUGACUACGACACUGACCAGCUCAUGUACACUCGACGGGGAAUUCCAAAUGGAGAAAUUGUGUACACAACUAAUAAGACAACUACUUACCAGUUUUCCCAGAAGGACAUUAAGGAUGGACUUAUAACCUUCCAGCACUCGGGUGACCCUUACGGCAGGACAGUCAUUUGGGUGAGCGAUGGUCAGUACUACACAACCAGCUUGCUGGAGAUUCAGGCCUCCACCCCAGAGAUCAGUCUGUCAAGGAACACUGGUCUGCUGGUCAACAAUGGACAGGCCACACCCAUCACUUCCCAAAACCUGAGUGUAGAGACAAACAUUAACAUUACCCCAGACCUCAUCAGGUUUGUCAUGAUAGAGGAGCCCUUAUAUGGCCAGUUGACCAUUGGUGAGCAGGUGGUCACAGAGUUCACACUGGAUGACCUGAUCAGCGGUCGGGUCAUGUAUACCAAUAGGGGUAGUAGCGUAAAUGAAGACAUGUUUAAGUUUGCAGCUGUUGCUGGAAAUGUUCAAGUGCAGGGCCAGUUUGCAAUUCGUGUGUUCAUCAAGUCCAGACAACAUCCUCCAAGGAUUGUCCAUAACGAGAUCCUUGAGGUGAUGGAGACAGGUGUGGCCACCCUAACACAAUCUGUCCUCCUUGCCAGUCACACUGACAGCCUGCCAUCAAUGAUUGUGUUUGUUGUCAAAACAUCUCCUCAAUACGGUGAAUUGCUGGUGGACAACCGAUCAGGUAGAACUUCAUUCACACAAGCUGAAGUCAACGAAGGUCGGGUAAAGUACAGUCAUUCAAGGGAAGGACUGGAACAAGACUCCUUCAUGUUUGAGGUAACCAAUCGCUUUCAGACCCUACGAGGCUUGGAGUUUAUCAUACAAGCCAUUCCUACCACACUGCACCUUUAUAUACAAAACUUGACAGUACGAGAGGGAGGCAGAAAAGUGCUAACUCCUUCCAUGUUGAGACUACAGGGGCGCUACUAUGAUGGCAAGGAUACUGUAUUUGAGAUAAUUAAUCAGGCCCGCCAAGGUUGGGUGGAGCAUGUGAGGGCAAGGGGACAGCUACAGCGAUUGACUUCAUUCUCAUCAGAUGACCUCCAACAGGGUGCCAUUUUCUUCGUGCAUGAUAACGGAGAAAUGUCAUCAGAUCAAAUGACUGUACAAGCCAGGAUAGUAGAUGAAGGAAAGGAGAGUAACACAGCAAUCAUGUUUAUUCGAGUUGAGACCAUCAACGAUCAGAGCCCGCAGAUAGUGGUCAACUCUGGUUUGGACGUGUGGCGUCGCUCCAUCACAGUCAUUACACCAGAUGUGCUGCAGGCUGAGGAUGUAGACACUGGGCCAGAGUUUCUCACGUACAGUAUAACACAGCCAACCAAUGGCCGUGUGGCCCUGCUAAAUAAUACCUACAGGCCUAUUUCAAGCUUUACACAGGCCCUCAUUAAUGCUGGGCAGGUUAUAUAUGAACACAAAGGAGAUUAUAUUGGUGGAUUUAACUUCCAUGUCAGUGAUGGUGUCAAUGGGAACAGUCGACCAAGAAGAUUUGAAGUUCGUGCCCGAGCCCUCAUGUUGGAACUAGUCAACAACCGGCAGCUCAACGUCUACCCUGGUCAGAUUAAACAAAUCACCAAAGAUCACUUGUACACUCGCACAAAUGACCCAAACCAGGAGCGACCCAUCCUGUAUAACCUGGCGUCAAGCCCACGUAAAGGACGCAUGGUGACCAUGUUCAAGGAUCGUGCCGUGGAAGUACAGUCCUUCCAGCAGGAGGACAUAAACAAUGGUAACAUCUUCUAUGAACACACUGGUACAGUGUAUGGCUGGUCACAGGUUGACCUGUUUUUCUUUGAGGUCUCCACUCUCUAUGCAGACUCCCUUUCUGAUGAGAUGUUUGAUAUCAGUGUGUCAUACCGACAUCUGGCAGAAGGGGAGAUAAGUGAUCUCAUUCAAGUCAGUGACGUUGCUGUAGGAGAAGGAGAGAUGGUGGCGUUAAGUCGUGACAAUCUUGAUGUCUCCAGUUACUUACAGCAGCUCCAGCACGAUGGUAGGCGGGCCUCUAUUGAGUAUGUCUUAGAUACUCUCCCACGACAUGGCACGCUAGAGAUGGAUGGUCAGUCACUCAGGAUGGGCCAAAUAUUUCAACAAGAGAAAAUUGACUCUGGAAAAAUAACAUACGAUCAUGAUGAUUCAGACACUUUACUAGACUCAUUCACUGUGAUACUGAACAUACAAAAUCUGGAUGAGGAAGACCGUCAAACGGAUGAGGAGAUCAGAUUGACGGUAAACAUAACAAUUGAGCCAUUAAAUGAUGAGAGGUUUGAGGUGAUAACACGUGAGCCGGAGAUCAGUGUGGUGCAGGGCCUUCAGGCCUACAUCACCAGUGAUGACCUCAAGACUAUAGACCCCGACACCCAGCCACAGGAAAUAGUGUAUGAUGUCACUGCACCCCCUCAGAAUGGAUUCAUCUCCUACAUAGCCUCCGCAGACACACCCAUCUCCAGAUUUUCACAAAAGGAUGUCGAUGAUAGGAAAAUAAUUUUCAGUCAUGACGGCAGUGGUGGUAGUUCGAGCUUCCGGUUGCGAGUGUCAGAUGGAGCUUUCCCAGCCAUGUCAAAAGUGUUUGUUAUUAAUGUUAUACCCAUGACUUUAGACUUCGUCGGAAACAAGACGGCUUGGUUACUACAAGGACAAAGCCAGGUCAGGUUGGGUGCAGAUGUGAUCAACAUUAGGACUAAUGGUAUGCGCAAUAAUUUAAUGUUCAAUGUUACAAAACAGCCCAUGUAUGGAGAGCUCUUUAAAGGGCAGACAAUUUCUGUGUCUCAGUUUAGUCAGAUGGAUGUGGACAGUAGUGUGUUUGGCUACAGACAGCAGGAUAUGUCUUCGCACAUGGACUACUUUAUGUGUGAUGUAUUUUACCCCAACACCGCACUGUUGUUGCGGAGUCAGCGACUCACCGUCAUGGUGCGACCUCUCGUCAGGCAGAGACCCCUGGUGGCCAUCCCAGGAACCUUACCCAGAAUCACACUCAAUAUUCUGGAUGCCAGGGAGCUAGCUAAUAUAACUAACAGUAAUCCUCACUAUGAAGUGAUUGAUGCUCCACGAUUUGGGAAACUAUUGUAUCACAUGCGGAGUAAGCGUGACACAAGUGAUAGUGGACUGUUCUCCCCAAUAGACAGUUUUACACAUGAGGAUGUGGCGUCAGAGAGAGUAAUGUACCAGCCGGACAGUGGUGCAGGCACCAGCUGGGACCAGGACAGCUUCACUUUCCUUCUGACCGCCCCAGGUGUCCAGCCAGCGAAGGGCACGUUCCAUAUAGGUGUAAACCCCAAUAAAGGGAAGGUUCCUUUGUCUGGGAGUGUUACUGUGACCCCACGUAGUCCUCACAUGGACAAUGACACUGACGGUGGAGUCACACCCAAACAGCUGGAGGUGGUCAGUCCUAAUGUCAGUAGUGAUUUCGUGAUUGUUAUAGCCAUACUUAUCCCACUUUUAGUGCUUAUAGUGAUUGUUACAGUUAUUGUGUUUAUUCUGUGGAGAAAACGACAUGAAGGAGAUUACUUACCUGGGGCUCAGAAAUACCUGCGGCCGUACAAUACCGGGUCAAUGCAUCAAAUAGACCAGCCCCAUGUGCAUAUAGCUCCUCAGUCUCCGUUGGCUGAGGACCAAACCAGACCCACACAGAGCUAUUACAACGUCCCUGUUGGGAAUGGUGCACAAUCUGGAGACCACACCUACAAUGGGUACAGUCAUUCAGAGUUAUCUCCCAACGACUGGGAGUUGCAAGCACCAUUGUUAGACUCCAGUAGAACUGAGGUUAGCCCCACAGUGCCCGAGUGUAAGGUGACCCCUCUGGGCCACGAGGAUGUGGACGAGAAUUUAUCUCUCGCUCCAAGUGCAACAGACAAGUCAACCACCAGCCUGGACCUAUACAACUGGUCUCUAUCAGACCCGGAGUUUAUACAGCACUGUCGUACAACCACACCCGUCCUCAGGGAGAACCAGUACUGGGUCUAGGUGUAACCUGCCAUUACAUUACAGGGCUGAUGAAUUAAACCUUCAUGUUCAAUUUUCUUGAUAUUAAUAUUAAAUAGGAAUGUGUAUUUUAUACAUUUAUGUGUAAUUUUUAAAAAAUUGGGUAUUUCUCAAAAUGAAUCUUAAAAUCAUAAUUGAUGUUACCGGUAUGUAAAAGUAUAACUCAUGCCGUAAAUUUAAUCUAAAUGCCAUAACAAUAUUUACCAUGAUUUUUAUACUUUGGUCAAUAUGUUUACAUAUCCAAAUUAAUGAGAUAUGGAAAUGGUGUUUUCCGAUAUGCUGCCCCAUUUUUCAUGGUAUUUGUAUCCACACAUAAGUGUAUAAUAUAUAUACAGACCUACUUACAGCAUAUUGCCUGCAGUCUGAAAAUGGUUUCUGUUCGAAGAAACUUGGUACUGUAGUGUAUAUGAUGAUUAUUAUAAUUAGGUACUAAGAUUUCACCCUAAAUACCCUCUCACACUACUUUGUAUGUAUACAGCAUGACUUACUGACAUCUACUGAACAUUUUACGUGCAGUAUGUAAAUGGUACUGUCUGAAUCAUUUGGUAUACUUAUAUAUUACCAGUCUUGUAUAUAUACAUGUAUAGUAUGUACUUACACUGUUAAGACGCGACAUUUUUGUCUGUUGAUCAUUAUGACAUGUAAGGCUUAUCCGUUUAUGAUAGCGUUGUAUGCACCCUCCAGUUAAACCAUUUAAAGGGUUCCUUUAAUUUACUCUUCACAACUAUUGUAGUCUUGUAGAAAAUUUCUCAAGAUUUUGUGUACACUUUGUAGAAGUGGAACUAAUAAUGAGAGGAAUCUAAGUUGUGGUACAGUAUAAAAAUACAGGAAUGUUGGAUUCUUUGUUGACCCUAACUGAUAUUAAUCGUGUAACUCUUACUGUGAUUUUUCCAUAUCUUUGUCUUUGUUUUGAUGAGAUUCUUUAAUAUUUUUCAUGUUUUGAAACAUAGCAUAUUUGGCUUUUUGGAUGCGAGAUACAGGCACUUGUAUAAAUGAUUAUGCUAGUCACUAAGUUAGUAUAGAAUUAUCUGAUUAUGUUAAUGUAUAUAUGCCUAUUGGUGUUAACAGCUUAUUAAAAUUAGUCGCUACAUGGAAACCACCACGAAUGAAUUGAUUGAUCUAAACCUUUGAUUUAUUACAAUUUUAUUUUUACACAUUUGUGUUCGCACUGUCUGUGUUGAAUUUUGAGAUUCAAGAUUGUUGGAUAUCUAAUACCAUGUAUUGGGUUAUUUUCGUUGUUGAGUUCAUCACAAAAUUUAUCCACAAUUAAUAUGUUAGAAGUUUCUGCGGUUGUUAAGGUAGCAAUAUAUAAACAUCAUCAGUUUUGUAGGUUAACGUGCGUAACUACUGGUCCAUCAGCUUUUGUCAGUUAACGGGCGUAACUACAUACUGGUCCAUCAGACUUUGUCCGUUAACUGGCGUAACUACUGGUCCAUCAGCUUUUGUCCGUUAACGGGCGUAA